AUGGUCUGUGGUGUCUGGGUGGGUGAGAAACUGCAUCCUGAGCCUCAGGAACAUCUCUGCUUCCCCCACCCCCCACCCCCCCAGUGUAAGGAGAUGAAGGCCAUGGUGAUCUGGCACAGGGAGACCCUGCGCCGCACCAAGGAGGCGAUCAGCGAGCUCAACUGCAUGAUCCAGAGGCUGAUGGCCGAGGUUGAGAAUGCCAAGUGCCAGAACACCAAGCUGGAGGCCGCAGUGACCCAGGCUGAGCAACAGGGCGAGACUGCUCUGAGCGAUGCCCGCUGCAAGCUGGUGGAGCUGGAGGCCGCCCUGCAGAAGGCCAAGCAGGACAUGGCCUGCCUGGUCAAGGAGUACCAGGAGGUGAUGAACUCCAAGCUGGGCCUGGACAUCGAGAUCGCCACCUACAGGCGGCUGCUGGAAGGCAAGGAGCACAGGUGGGCACAGCCCUCACCGCUGUGGCAGAUUCACUGGGCCUGA